GGGCAGUUACAUACUUUUCCUGAAGGAAAAGUGUCACAAGAAGAUGCACCAAUUCGGCGGUUGAAAUGGGGAACUGCUAGUCUUAUUGAUCGUGCACCAGUUACUCCAAUAGUUGUGCCAAUUGUUCAUCAUGGUUUUCAAGAGGUGAUGCCUGAAAACUUUAUGUUUGGUCGAAGGGCUCCAUUUCCAUUGUGUAAUAAGCACAUUAACAUAGUUGUUGGGGAGCCAAUAAAAUUUGACCUUCCCAAAAUGAGGCAGCUGGCAAUUUCCAAGUCUCGUGAUCCACAUCUUUGUAGCAUGGGAUGGCCUGGCAGUGACUCUCAUGGAAUGGACGAAGCUGCUCGCAGAUAUCUUUACUCUUCCAUUUCUGAUAAAAUUUUGACUAUCAUGGAGAACUUGAGAAGCUUUGGUAGGAGCAUUUUGAAGUAAAAGGUUCAAAAUCUUAUUUAUUGUAGCUCAUUUUUUUUAAGUGUUAAUUGUAUUUUAUCCGUCAUUCUUGUUAGUCCAUUAAUAGUAGUUGAUUUUCUACUUAAGUUGGUCUGAGUUAAACAGAAGGCAAUCUUCUCCAGAUUUGCAUCUCUUAAAAACCGUUUAGAACAAGAACACAUAGUUUGAUAAGAAUUGGAGAGGGGACAAGUGCAAUUUCAAAGAGCUUGAAGCACAUUAUUAUUCUUUGGUGGAAAGAACAAGUUCAAAUCCUGACAUUAAGACGUAGAGGCAUAGAAAAAUAACGUAUUCAUAUUUUUUUUUGUUGCUUUCGUUUGGGGAUAAACAAUGAUCAUAAAAGCCCCAAUUUAGUUUUUACAUAAGAGGUUUCAUCUUCAAAAAGUGAGGCUGUAAGAAGUAUGGUCCAUUGUAUAUCUUUAACUGAAUUGUAAUUUCAGUCAUAACUAAAUCUAUUUGUAGGAUUAUGAUCUUAUUUUAUAAAUCCAGAAUUUUUAGCUCA